AUGGAGUGGUCCCCACCCCUUGCUCAUGGCCAUGCGUUGCAUGCGGAUGUUUGGCGCAUCAUUUUUGAUUUGUUUCAGGAGGGCCAGGCGCGGCCCACCUUCCAGUGGAUUGAAGCCCACCGCGAGUGGGAUGGUAUCCUGGACCUGUCCUCGGCCCAAGAAAUUCAGGAUUUCCUUGGUAACCUCUGGGCUGUUUUUUUCGCCAGGCUGGGGUCCGAAGGCCAUGCUGUUGCCAAUACUGUCGUCGAAGCUCAGAAGCAGCAUCUCGCCGACAUCAGGAAAGAUUUCGACUUCCUGAGUCGGUUCGCCCAAUCGAUCGCCUUGCUUUCCACGGACCUCUCGACCCCUGAUGCCCAGACCGUGGGUCGCCCUGUGGCCCGAGCGGUGCUGGUGCGGCAUGAACUGCACCACUUUCCUGCCAAGGGCGAGUGGAGGUGUAAGCAGUGUAACUUGUGGGCUCGAACCCACGAUUCCCUGCUUCAGCUGCGAUCAGGGAGUCGGCGCGUGUGUGAGCCCACUGCUGUGCAGGCCUUCCUGGCCGCUGAAUUCUUCCAAGCCCACGGGGCUAGCGCGGUGCCUGUCAGGUCGGAGGCGGUGCAGGACGCGGUGUCCUUUGCCUGUGAGGUCCUGGGGCCCGCCCCCGUGCCUGCACCUCCUCAGCCUGAGGCGUGCAGUCAUUGGAGAGAGCUAGGCCACGCCGUGUGCGGCUGUGGCGUCAAGGUGAUGCCCAGCCUGCUGACGGAGUGCCAGGAGUACAAGCAGUACUCCGAGACGGUGGGCAAGUGCGAUUGUAGCCUGACCGAGUGCGACGAGAAGGUGCUUACGUCUGGCUAUUCCACGGACUUUGAGUGGAAGGCCUGCCGGCGCAUCCUCGCAGGCAUCGGGCAGCGUGCCAGCGUCUCUGUUGGGCAGCAGCGCGUGACGAGUUUCGCGGUCGAGGGCCUGUCGCCGAUCGACCGGCGAGGUGCCGCCGGUCCCGAGUUCGGGCACGCGAGCCGCAUCAGGGCGAACGCCACCCGCGCGGACACGAGGUUCACGAUCAACGACCAGGUCUUCGUGAACGGCGCGAAGUUCGGGGAGAGCAGCGGCCUGGACAGCCUGGUGGGCUGCCACGAACACGCGGGCACCAGCGAGUUCAAGGUGUGCGGUUGCGGCGUCAAGGUGAUGCCGAGCCUGCUGACGGAGUGCCAGGAGUACAAGCAGUACUCAGAGACGGUUGGCAAGUGCGAUUGUAGUUUGAGUGAGUGCGACGAGAAGGUGCUCACGUCUGGCUACUCGACGGAUUUCGAGUGGAAGGCUAACUCAUUUUUCAUUGCCGCCUGCUGA